AUGUCGGUAGUGAGGAUUGCCAUGGUGGCUUUACUUGUGGCUCUGAUCAUCUCCGCAGCCAUGCUGAAAAUUGUGGUUGCUAUCGGUAUUGAUUUAUGUGCUCUGAAUAAAACUGAAGAAAAUGGGAACUUAUUUUGUCAACCAGUGCAGGCAAUCCGGUAUUCAAAUGUUGGAACUAAUGGUUCUUAUCAGGAAAUUAUCGACAUGUCUAGUGAUGGUAUCUGCACCAAACGUUUGAAAUUUUACAAUGGUUCCCUAGCUCCACUUAAUGAAGAACUUUCCCUCCACUUUCGAGGCCCGAUUCACUUAAUGCAGUUGGCCACUUACAGCACUUCUAUGCCAACUCAAGAUCAAAUAUUUAAGCUGCAUACUGCUGUUCCAUCAGCAUCGGGUAACCUGAACAUUGUUUCAAAAAACAGAUCAAUUAUACACGAAAGUUACUAUCGUAUUGGAUAUUAUCAAGCAGCGUCUCAGACUCUCGAAAAUAUGACUUUUUUGGGUAAUUUCGGCAUGUGGGGUGCUGGAGUCACUGACGAACAAUACGGUGCCUCAGUUUCUUACAUUAAUUCGACAAGUACAGGCGGGGCAUUGAGCCCACAAAUUCUUGCUAACGUAACAAUUCCUUCAGACUCUGAAGUGAUUGUAAUGUCGGGCAAAACAUGCCAAGAAGGUGACUGUGGCUAUGUUCGUCCAGGAUCCGUAGCAUACCAUGGAUUUGGGGGCCCUAAUAAAAUUUUUCUCAUGGAAUUUAUGAUGCCUAGGGAUGACAAACGAGGAUUCAAUGGUGAUAUGCCAGCUAUUUGGCUUUUAAAUGCACAGAUAGUUCGCACUCUUCAAUAUGGGAAGGGUGAAUGUUCGUGUUGGCGCUCUGGCUGCGGCGAAUUCGAUGUUGCCGAAUCCCUUUCAAGUGGUUCUUCAUUCUUGAAGUCAACACUUCACAUCAACCAAUUGGCAGGGGACUCGGACUACAUCAGACGGCCACUUUACGCUCCCAUGAAGCUUGCUGUGGUAUUUAAUCAAAAAUUUUCUUCGAUACAGAUUCAAGUUUUGUCACAGGAAUUUGCGUUUUCUAGAAGUAUCUCCAUGAGCGCAAUCGAUGAGUUGCUCAAGAAGGACGCAAAUAGCUUAUCGCAGAUAACUGUCAUCUAG